AUUCCGCACCCUCCUGAAACUCUUCCACUCAUUUUGUCUCAAAUUGAAGAGUCUGUCUGGAAAGAGAGCGGGAGAAAAAUAAGCGCGUCUCCAUCUCCAUUGCGCACAGAGAACUGCUCGUGAAUCCUAUUUAGUUUCUAUGUUUCUUUUAUUUGUUCGUAAAUACUCUUCCUCUCCAGCCGAACCGGAUCGAUCGACUCCAGUCACCUUAGGUCGCGGAUGACGAAUGUGCGUGUGGAGAGCCACUUUCCUUGGAUAUAAACAAGCGACGGGAUGUUGGUUAGACGGGCGCGGGUCCAAACCAUGGAAAUCUGUCGGAAAGGAGUGAUUCUGUGUGUGCGAGGAUACUGAGAACCAGUCAUGCGCUGUUAUUGACCUUUACUGCGCGUUUAUCUGGAGACAUUUGGAUCCGUCGGUGUGAUCGGAGAGGUCUUCUCUCUCCGCUAGCGCAUAAAUCUAUGGAAAAGCAUACAUGCGGGACAUGGAUAGACUGAUUGAGCCAUCUAUGGAUGUAGCGCCGAUGACCAGAGCCCCUGUCUGAGGAGUGUUGGAGGUCUGGUGGUCUUGGGGAGUUCGUGGAAUGCGAACGCAACGACGCGCCGCGUCCUCCUCGCCUUCGCCCUGCUGUCCGCGGCGCACAGACGUCUAGAUUCAUCAUGUUGAGGCAGAUGCUGUUGAACUCUACGGCAGCGGCGCGAGACUUCGAUCUGAUGAGCAUCACACACACGCCGGCGCCUCUGAACGUGUCCCAAGGGUCUGUGAGCGUGUUGGCCCUCCUGAAGCCCACGGGCCGCGGGAGCGCUCUGCGAGAGGGCGAGCCCGACAAACCGGACCUGGCCACUUAUGUGGUGAUGUGCCUAGUGCUCUUCCUGCUGGUCCUCCUCAUCGUGUUCUUCAUCAACUGUCAGCUGAGGAACUCUUUCUUCGCCUCCAUGCCUUACGACCGCUCACUGCGAGAGGCCCGCAGCUCCUACAAGUGACCCGUUUGAGCCCUGACUUGAAUGCUAAAGAGAACCAGAUUGAAGCUGGACUCACCCGUGUGAUCGAUCCGUCUGUAUAUAAUGACUGUUUUGUACUUCUGCACGGCCUUUUCUGUCCAUAUACGCUUUAUCAUCAUGUGCGUUAUGUAAGAGAUUAUUUUCUUGUACGAUGUUAAACGAUGAUUAAAUCUCACAUUCAUGAC